GGGCAGUUCAACCACUCUCACCUCCAUCCACCAUGGCAUCGGUCGAGACACUCCCCAUCACUCUGUCUGCUCUCCCCUCGGGCUGGUCAAAGCCAGCUGCGGCUGCUCCCUCGGCUCCCUCCAAACUGCAGGUUUACCCUGCUGGCCCGUCCUUCAUCUCGGCCGCCAGGCGACAGAUCCUCCAACGGUCAUUCGCUGAAGAUGAUGAAGCAACUGCCGCAUCUCGUGCUGCGAAAGCUAACGCCGUCAAGAACGACGGAGAAGAAAACCUGUACCCUGGCUUGGGAGAGGAAGAGGAGUCAGCCACCGUUCUUGCCUCAGACCCCAAGGAAUGGAAGAAGCAGGACCACUAUGCCAUUCUGGGUCUCGGAGGAUUGAGAUACACCGCUUCCGACGAUCACAUCAAGGUCGCCCACCGUCGAAAAGUUCUCCGACACCACCCAGACAAGAAGGCCGGCGCCAACAGUGGCACGAACGAUGAUGCAUUCUUCAAGUGUAUUCAGAAGGCCCACGAAACCCUUACCAAUACCGAAAGACGCCGUCAAUUCGACUCUGUCGAUUGGAACAUUGCCGAUGAUGUGCCAAAUCCUAAGACUGUCCCCGCCGAUCAAUAUUGCUCCACGUUUGCCCCAAUCUUUGCUCGAGAAGCUCGAUUCUCGAAAGUUCAGCCUGUUCCAGGAUUCGGCGAUGACAACUCCUCAAAGAAGGAGGUCGAAGGGUUCUACGACUUUUGGUACAACUUUGACUCGUGGAGGAGCUUUGAAUGGUACGACAAAGAGGUCAACGAGGGAAGCGACUCUCGUGACGACAAGCGAUUCACAGAAAAGAAGAACAAGUCUGAACGCGCACGCAGGAAGAAGGAGGACAAUGUCCGACUCCGGACUCUCGUUGAUGAGGUCCUCGCCUCAGACCCUCGAAUCAAGCGAAUCAAGGCGGAGGAAAAAGCCGCUCGAUCUGCUAAGAAGGGCGGCGCCGCCACACCUUCCAAGAUGACACCCGCUGAGAAGAAGAAGGCUGAGGAUGCGAAAAAGGCUGAAGAGGCCAAAAAGGCAGAGGAGGAAAAGAAAGCUGCCGAGGCCAGCAAGGCAGAUCGAGAGGCUGCAAAGAAGGCCAAGGAAGCCGCGAGGAAGAAUCUUAAAAAGUGGAAGAAGUCCAUUGCUACCGUCAUCACUUCGUCCAACUACUUCUUGCCAGAGGGUACUGCUGCGCCUCCCGCCACUAUCGAGAAGCAGCUUGCAGAACUCGACAUGCUGGUCGAGCUCCUUGAGCCAGAGCAAGUCAAGGACUUGAAGGAAAAGGUCGAUGCUGCAGGCAAAGGUGAACCUGCCAAAGACGCCAUCGUCUCCGCAGUCAAGUCUGUCGGGGAUGCUGGACAGGGUAAAUUUGAGCAGUUCGCUUAGAUUUGAAAUAAUGAUCGUACAUAUGCAUGAAGCAUAGGUUCUUUAAUAGAGCCAUUAUACCGCCAGCGACCGCUAGAAUUCCGCUUGGGUCUUGCUCAUAAGUGAAGCGUAACAAGAGACGCAUUUGGACACAUUUGGCCGCUUCUACUGGUAUUUAUCCAAUGGAUUCCACGUAACAGCCCCGGCCGCACCCUGAUCAAGACCAUCUAGAGCCUCCAUGUCGGUCGUAUCUAGCUCGAAAUCGUAUAUGUCGGCAUUCGACCUGAUACGAGACGGGUUGACCGAUUUAGGAAUGACUAUGAAUCUG